AUGGUCGUUAACAAUCCUAACAACUGGCACUGGGUCGACAAGAACUGUAUUGAUUGGGCUAAGCAAUACUUCAAUGAACAACUCAUUGGUGUUAAGGCUGAGGGCAGCAACAACACGUAUGUGCAAGUUGAAUCGGUCUCCUCGUUAGAAGGUGAUGUGGAGGUAUGCCAAAGAAAGGGUAAGGUCAUUUCCCUCUUUGACUUGCGAAUUAUCUUGAACAUCGCAGGUGUCUCUGUUGCUGAUCCCGAGAAGACUUUCAAGGGCUCUGUCACUGUCCCCGAAUUGGCUUACGACACUGAGGAAGAUGAGAUCCAGUUUGACGUGAGCAUCUACAACGAGGACGCUGAUCUGGAGAAGAUGAGGCUUUUGGCUAAGAAGGAGCUCUUGCCAAAGCUUAGAGCUAAAUUGCUGCGUUUCGGCCCCGACUUGAUCUCCACUCACAGCAAGGACAUCCAGCUUGAGAGCGACAAGGUGAACUCUGUCUACACGAAAGAAAACCAAAGUCAGGCUUCUAAACCAUCAAAGCCAGUGGAGAAGCCCAAGACUGCGCCGGUUCCCGUUGCGUCUAGCGCUCCCCAAUCAAGCAGUGGCGUUCCUAGGUACAACACAUCUACGCUACAUCUUGAACCAACCUUCAAUACGACCGCUGAGCAGCUCUACAUUACUCUUUUGGACAGAGAAAGAAUCGGAGCUUGGACUAGAUCAGCACCUCAGUUGGAGGCAUUUCCUCCCAAAGAGGGUUCCGAGUUCAAGUUGUUCGGUGGUUCGAUUACAGGAAAGUUCACCAGGCUCGUGCCUAAUGAGCAUAUCACCCAACUCUGGCGUCUUGAGGAAUGGAAGUCGGGACACUAUGCGCAGCUUGAUAUUCAGUUGAAGCAGGGAGCUGGAGAAACAACCAUGGUCGUCAAAUGGACCGGUAUUCCCGUGGGCGAAGAAGACAGAGUCAGAGGCAAUUUCGAGGAGUACUAUGUGCGCUCGAUCAAGAUUGUGUUUGGCUUUGGCGCCCCAAUUACUUGUCAAGCCGCCGUUGCUUGGGAGGCUGGUAAGCCUCUUUCCAUUGAGGAAAUCACCGUCGACCCUCCAAAGGCCCACGAGGUCAGAUUCAAAGUCCACAACACAGGUGUGUGUCACACUGAUGCCUACACCCUCUCUGGUGUCGACCCAGAGGGCGCUUUCCCAGUGAUUUUGGGACACGAGGGUUCUGGUAUCGUUGAGUCUGUCGGAGAAGGAGUCGAGAAUGUCAAGGUCGGUGACCACGUUGUUGCAUUGUACACUGCUGAGUGUAAGAAGUGUAAGUUCUGCAAGUCUGGCAAGACCAACUUGUGUGGCUCUGUCAGAGAGACUCAGGGUAAGGGUGUCAUGCCAGAUGGUACCCUGAGAUUCCACUGCAAGGGUCAAGACCUUUUGCAUUUCAUGGGCUGCUCCACAUUCUCCCAGUACACCGUCGUUGCUGACGUUUCCAUUGUUGCUGUCAACCCAACUGCUGAGUUCGAGAAGACCUGUCUCUUGGGUUGUGGUAUAACUACUGGUUACGGUGCCGCUACCAUCACUGCCAAUGUCCAGGAAGGUGACAAUGUCGCUGUUUUUGGUGCUGGCUGUGUCGGUUUGUCCGUUGUCCAGGGUGCUAAGGAGAGAAAGGCUAACAAGAUCAUCGUUAUCGACAUUAACGACAAGAAGACCGAAUGGGCUGACAAGUUCGGUGCUACUGACUUCAUUAACCCUACCAAGUUGCCCGAGGGUACCACUAUUGUGCAGAAGCUUAUUGAGAUGACUGAUGGCGGUUGUGACUACACUUUCGACUGUACUGGUAACGUCAAUGUCAUGAGAGAUGCCUUGGAAGCCUGCCACAAGGGUUGGGGUACCUCCGUCAUCAUUGGUGUUGCUGCUGCUGGUAAAGAAAUUUCUACCAGACCAUUCCAAUUGGUUACCGGUAGAGUCUGGAAGGGUGCCGCUUUCGGUGGUGUCAAAGGCAGAUCCCAAUUGCCCGGCAUUGUUGACGACUACUUGAGCGGCAAGUUGAAGGUCGCCGACUUCAUUACUCACAGACACAAGUUGGACAAGAUCAAUACUGCUUUUGACGACAUGCAUAAGGGUGAUUGCAUCCGUGCCGUCAUCGAGUUGUGA